AUGUCAUUGGCCGCCUACAGACAUCUCCUGCGCUCUGCGCGCAUCGCCUUCUCAGGCGACGUCCAUGUCCUCUCAGCCGCUCAGAACCAAAUCCGACAAACUUUCCUCGAAAACCGCAGUCUAGACUCGUCCGGCAUCCAGGCCGCAAUCCGACAUGCCGAGGACGUGGCCACGAUUCUGCGCGAAAACGUGGUGCAGGGACAGAAGAUUGAGAGCAAGGGCGACGAGCAUACUUUCAGUGAGACUUGA